CAGCGUGGACUAGUUCGCCGAUAUUACACUUGUCAAUCUAACCUUUUAUUUUAUAAAUUCUUUACAAUUAAUUAAAUGUGCUAUCGUUAAGUGUUUGAAAAUGGCAUAAUUCGAUUAUUAUCUUCAGUACAGUACAAGUACGAGUUUUUGUCAAGUGGACUGAUUUAAUUCUUAUAGACAUGCUGCCUCUUACCCACAAGGAUUCGUCUCGGUCCUUCACCCACAAGAUCAAAGAAAAGCUCCACGGAUGGAUGAGGUUGAUUUUUUCUGAUCGAAAUUCGAGGAACUUAUUUUUGUUUCUGAUUUUAAAUUUGUCAUUUGCGUUUGUAGAACUUGUAUAUGGUGUUUGGUCAAAUAGUUUGGGUCUAAUUUCAGAUUCAUUUCAUAUGUUUUUUGAUUGUACUGGAUUAUUAGCCGGGCUAGCAGCAUCUGUUAUAACAAAAUGGAAAGCAAAUGACAAGUAUUCAUACGGUUAUGUGAGAGCAGAAGUUCUUGCUGGAUUUGUGAACGGAUUAUUCCUGCUUUUCAUUGCGUUUUUCAUAAUGUCUGAAGCUGUAGAACGUGCUAUCGAACCACCCGAAGUGAAACAUGAGAGACUGUUUGUGGUAUCAGUUUUAGGACUAUUGGUGAAUCUCGUGGGGAUAUAUGCAUUUCAACACGGUCAUGGGCAUUCUCACGGAGGCGGGUCUCAUGGUCACGGUCAUUCUCACGGAGCGACCACUAACCACGGACACUCCCAUGGAGGCCACCACAGCUUACUCAUGGGCAACUCCCACGCACAUGAACACUCUCAUGAGCUCUCCAGUGGCAACUCACAGAUCAUGAAGGGUGUCUUUCUGCACAUCCUUGCCGAUACCCUCGGUAGCGUUGGUGUUAUCAUAUCAGCUGUCCUCAUGCAAAUGUUCGGAUGGAUGAUUGCUGACCCCAUCUGCUCCAUGUUCAUCGCUAUCCUUAUUGCUCUUAGUGUAUUGGCGCUCAUCAAAGAAUCCGUUCAGAUUUUGAUGCAAAGGCAACCACCAACAUUGGAUCACGUUUUACCCCAGUGCUAUCAAAAGGUAAUGCAGCUGGCGGGAGUUUAUAGCAUCCAAGAACAACAUUUUUGGACACUUUGUAGUGAUGUUUAUGUUGGUGCUCUUAAACUCGAAGUUUCCAAAGCAGCAGAUGCCAAGUAUGUGGUGAGUCAUACUCACAUGAUAUUUGCUGCAGCUGGGGUAAGACAACUAUAUGUGCAGCUAGAUUACUCUCCAAUGUGAUUUUUGUAGUUAUCAAAGAUUGUAGAUGAAGUUUAUUUAACAUGAAGCUAGUAGGAAAUUUAUUAGAACUUAUAUAUUUAUUUUGUCUUUCGUCUUAAAAUGUAUUUAAAAAUUGCAAAUAUAUUUGUGGUUAGGCCUUUAUUAAUUUCUUCAACUACUGUGAUUGCAUCACAUUUUACUUAUUUUCAUUGAAAUUUAUCAGUUUGAUUUUUUGAAUGUAUUUUUAAUAGCUUUAUUGGUUGUAGUGAUUUAACUACUACUGAGUUAUCCUUAGUCUAACCGUUGACUAUAGAUGUUGAUCGUGUAUUUUUGUGUAAAACUAUAACAAAAUUAUUUAGUUUAAUUUAGCUAUAUUAUAUGCUACUAUCUUUAUCGUAAAUUUGAUGUAAACAGUGCAAAAAAGUGUGAUGAUCGACUAUCACUUACAAAAGGUUGGUGAUUUUGUAGAGUUUAUGAGAUCAUGACUCUCUGACUUGUCUUGUCAUAAACUAAAAUAAUUUAAGCAGUCUGUGUUUAUAGGAUGACUUCAGUACAAUAGGCCAUGGAUUAACCCUUUGUUUAUCCUCAGUUUUGCCAAAGAAUAAUACACAGCUAUGUUUUCCUAUA